AUGCCCUCGUCAUCCUCAUACGAAUGCGACGGAUGUGGCCACCACGCCUCCUUCCACACCAUGGAGAACAAGACCGAAGACGAGAUAAGGAAGCGCUGGGAGGUCGAGGCGAAGGAGCGCAACGAGCGAGAAGCGCAGCAGCCACGACCGAAGAAACGGGUCAGGGCGAUUGAGUACAACAAUGAGGAAGGGGUCGAGGACAUCUUCAAUGAGCUCUUGCUGCAAGAAGCUAGAACCAAGAAGGCUGCGCCCAAGAAGAAGACGGGGAGGGCUGCGGGGACUAGGGCAAAGGGAAAGAUUAGUGAGAUUCUUGAGGACGAUGUGGUGGAGUUGGACUGA